AUGGGUGAUGAACGAGUUGGUGAGUUGCAUAGUGAUGAACCUUUGGAGCAUGAAUUAACCGACAAUGAUGAAAUGUAUGAGGAUGAUGAUGAUGAUGAUGUGGGUGAUGCACCUAAUGCACCCGUUGAAGAUCAAAGUAUUAAUCAUCAUUCUACAGUGAUUCCAUACUUAGAUCACACUGAAGAAAGUGCAGAAGAUUUUAUCUAUACAAGAGAUGAUGAUUCUAUCCGAAUGGCACUUUGGAAUCCGAACAAUCCUAAAUAUAUCCAAUCAGGUAUGCUAUUUAUGAAUAAGAAGCAAAUGAAAUCUGCCGUAAGAGCAUAUAGUCUUGCAAUAAAAAAAGAAUUUCUUUGUGAUCAAUCCAAGAGUAAAAGUUGGAGAGUUAUUUGCAAGCGUCAUGAGUUGGGGUGUAAUUGGAUGAUUCGAUUUAGAGAGAUUUCAAGUGAUGUAUGGAAGACAGGAAAAAUGAUUGAACCGCAUACUUGUCUUACAGAUAAUUAUAAGGAGGAUCAUUUCAAUUUGAAUAGUAACAUGAUUGCCACUUCAUUGAUACCAUUUGUUAUGCAAAAUCCAGACAUAAAUAUUAAGAUGAUCCGUGAAAUCAUCAAAGGAAAGCAUCACUAUACUCCUAGUUAUAAAAAAGCACAAAAAGGUCGGAGAAAAGCAUUUCAAAUGGUUUAUGGUGAUUUUGAAAGUUCAUUUAAGGCAUUGCCUCGAUACAUGGCUGCACUACAAUUAUUCAAUCCAGGCACUAUUAUUGAGUGGGAGCAUCAUUCUACAACAAUGCAGGGUGAACAAAUCUUUAAAUUUCUUUUUUGGGCUUUUAAACAGAGCAUUGAUGGUUUCAAAAGUUGUACGCCGGUCAUUUCCAUCGAUGGCACACAUCUUUAUGGUUUGUAUGAUAUGAAACUGUUAAUUGCGGUUGGGAUUGAUGCCAAUGGAAAUAUUUUCCCACUUGCAUAUGCUUUAGUUGCACGUGAGAGUUUUGAGUCUUGGUCGUGGUUUCUCAAGUUAUUAUGA